AGACCCAGAGAGCCCAGAGGGACAGCGCCCCAGCCUGACAGAGAGGCGCAGAACCUCGGGCCCAGCGGGCGCUGCCACCGGGAUCCCCUUCCCCCUCCCCAGCCUCCCUCCAAGGGCCCUUUAAGAUAGGGCUGGUCCUCGCCUCCCCGAGUUAACCCCUCACUGUCCAGGUGGCCCCCGGGGCUCUGGCGGUGGGCGGAGGCAGAGAGGGAGCCGGAGCCUGGGCGGGGAAAGGGUGGCCCGAAGUCUGGGAGGGAGAGGAGGCCGGGGUGCCUGGAAGGUGUCUUUGGAGGAGCACGCAGAGUGGGCCCCUGGGGCCCCCCGCUGUGCCAAGCAGGCAGUGCCAACUCAGGGGUGCCUGGAGCUAGGGGGAGGGCUGGGGACAGCCUGGCCCUGCCCCUCCCCCGCGACGUGCCCAACAACUUCGGAGAAAAGUUUGGCAUUGACCUAGCGCUGGUGCCUAAGGAUGGGCAGGGUUCCGCUGGCCUGGUGCUUGGCGCUGUGCUGCUGGGGGUACGUGGCCCCCAAGGGAGCACGGGCUGAGGUGGAUGACCCCUUUGUGGAGAGCCCAGGGAACAUCACCGGUUCCCGGGGCAUCACGGUGGUCCUUCGCUGUGAGCUCAAGGUUCAGGGGGAACCCGCUGAAGUGAACUGGCUUCGGGAUGGACAGGUCUUGGAGCUGGCGGACAGCACUCAGAUCCAGGUCCCCUUGGGUGAAGACUGGCAGGAUGACUGGAAAGUGGUCAGCCAACUCAGCAUCUCCUCCCUGCAGCUUGUGGAUGCAGGGUGGUACCAAUGUGCCAUGGACCUGAAAGGACAGCACUUCGUGUCCCAGUCUGGCUAUGUAGGGCUGGAAGGCCUGCCUUACUUCGUGGAGGAGCCUGAAGACAGGACUGUGACUGCCAACACACCCUUCAAUUUGAGCUGCUGGGCCCAGGGACCACCAGAACCAGUGCACCUACUCUGGCUACAGGAUGCUGUUCCCCUGGUCCCAUCCUCAGGCCACAGCCCCCAGCACAGCCUGCAAGUUCCAGGCCUGAGCAAGACAUCUUCUUUCUCCUGCGAAGCCCACAAUGCUAAGGGGGUUACCACAUCCCGCACAGCCACUGUCACAGUACUCCCGCAACAGCCCCGAGACCUCCACCUGGUUUCCAGCCAGCCCACGGAACUAGAGGUGGCUUGGACCCCUGGCCUGAGUGGCAUCUACCCUCUUACUCACUGCACCAUACAGGCUGUGCUGUCGGACGAUGGGGUGGGCAGCUGGUUGGGAGAGCCAGAACCCCCAGAGGAGCCCCUCACCCUGCAAGCAUCUGUGCCCCCUCACCAGCUUCGGCUGGGCAGCCUCCAUCCUCACACUCGCUAUCACAUCCGGGUGUCAUGUGCCAGCAGCCAGGGCCCCUCACCUUGGACACACUGGCUUCCCGUGGAAACACCAGAAGGAGUGCCCCUGGGUCCCCCUGAGAAUGUCAGCGCCAUUCGGAACGGGAGCCAGGCCCUGGUGCGCUGGCAGGAGCCAAGAGCACCACUCCAAGGCACCCUGUUAGGGUACCGGUUGGCUUAUCGAGGCCAGGACACCCCUGAGGUGCUAAUGGAUGUCAGGCUACAGCAGGAAGUGACCCUCGAGCUGCGGGGCAGUGAGCCUGCACCCAACCUGACUGUGUCCGUGGCAGCUUAUACUGCAGCCGGGGAUGGGCCCUGGAGCCUGCCUGUGCCCCUGGAGCCCUGGCGUCCAGGGCAAGGACAGCCAGUCCACAAGCUGGUGAGUGAACCCCCAGCUCCCGCCUUCUCGUGGCCCUGGUGGUAUGUACUGCUGGGAGCAGUUGUGGCCGCUGCCUGUGUCCUCAUCUUGGCCCUAUUCCUUGUCCACCGGAGGAAGAAGGAGACCUGCUAUGGGGAGGUGUUUGAACCAACAGUGGAAAGAGGUGAACUUGUAGUCAGGUACCACGUCCGCAAGUCCUACAGCCGCCGUACCACUGAAGCCACUUUGAACAGUCUGGGCAUCAGCGAAGAGCUGAAGGAAAAGCUGCGGGAUGUAAUGGUGGACCGGCACAAGGUGGCCCUGGGGAAGACCCUGGGGGAAGGAGAGUUUGGAGCUGUGAUGGAGGGCCAACUGAACCAGGACGACUCCAUCCUCAAGGUGGCUGUGAAGACAAUGAAGAUCGCCAUCUGCACGAGAUCAGAGCUGGAGGACUUCCUGAGUGAAGCUGUCUGCAUGAAGGAAUUCGACCACCCCAAUGUCAUGAGGCUCAUCGGUGUCUGCUUUCAGGGCUCAGAACGAGAGGGCUUCCCGGCACCUGUGGUCAUUUUACCGUUCAUGAAGCAUGGAGACCUACACAGUUUUCUCCUCUACUCGCGGCUCGGGGACCAGCCAGUGUUCCUGCCCACUCAGAUGCUGGUCAAGUUCAUGACAGACAUCGCCAGUGGCAUGGAGUACCUGAGUACUAAGAGAUUCAUACACCGGGACCUGGCUGCCAGGAACUGCAUGCUGAAUGAGAACAUGUCUGUGUGUGUGGCGGACUUUGGGCUGUCCAAGAAGAUCUACAAUGGGGACUACUACCGCCAGGGUCGCAUUGCCAAGAUGCCAGUCAAGUGGAUCGCCAUUGAGAGCCUAGCCGACCGCGUCUACACCAGCAAGAGUGAUGUGUGGUCCUUCGGUGUGACAAUGUGGGAAAUCGCCACUCGAGGCCAAACGCCAUAUCCUGGAGUAGAGAACAGCGAGAUCUAUGACUACCUGCGCCAGGGGAAUCGCUUGAAGCAGCCUGUGGACUGUCUGGAUGGCCUGUAUGUCCUGAUGUCCCGGUGCUGGGAGCUGAACCCCCGGGACCGGCCAACUUUUACAGAGCUGAGGGAAGACCUGGAGAAUACACUGAAAGCCCUGCCCCCCGCCCAGGAGCCUGAUGAAAUCCUCUAUGUCAAUAUGGAUGAGGGCGGAGGUCAUCCUGAAAUCCUUGGAGCUGCUGGAGGAGCUGACCCCCCAACCCAGCCUGACCCUAAGGAUUCCUGUAGCUGUCUCACAGCAGCAGAGGUCCAUCCUGCCGGACGCUAUGUCCUUUGCCCUUCUACGGCCCCUGGCCCCACUCUGCCUACUGACAGGAGUUCCUCAGCACCCCCAGGGCAAGAGGAGGGAGCCUGAGACAACCCUCCACCUGGGACUCCCUCUCAGGAUCCAAGCUAGGCACUGCCACUGGGGAAGCUUCAUCCCCCACACCCACUUUCCCACUCCCUGCCCAUCCUCAGCUACAGCCUUAUCUUCCUACCCUUUCCACCCCCAUCCCAGAUAAAAUGUUCCCUUCUCUGCACCACAGCAUCCUACCCCAUAAUAAGUGACUGUGCUGAGCAUGGUGGUGCAGGCCUGUAAUCCUAGCACUUGGGAGGCUGAGGCAGAAGGU